AUGCAUGAUCUUGCUAAAGAUGUUCUUGGCGUAAAUGAAUUGGUGUCUCUUAAGGUUAGUAAGUUCAAAGAUAUUUCUGAAGUUCGGCGGUUACAAUUACAGUUGGAUGAAGAUAUGUCAUCAACAUCUCUGAAAUGCUUAAGGAAUGCGAAGAAGCUGCGAACAAUUUUUAUCUCUCAAGGUUCAAGCCUGGAUCCUUCUAUAUUCUCAAGAAAUGAUCACUUGCGUAUCUUGCAUGUGGGUUUUUCACCAAAUUUUCCAAAAUGGCCUUCUUUAAGCUCACAUUUACGGUACCUCCGUCUUACCUCUCUUGAUCUUAGGGAAGCAGUGAAUGAUCAGUCCGUCAGUAAACUUUACGAUCUGGAGACAUUGGUAUUGACCAACAUCUAUAGUGUUCAAAAUGUUCUUACAAACAUCCAUUCUUUACAAAAAUUAAGAUAUCUUGAACUCUCAUCCACGGACAUGGAAGAACUGCCUGAUUCUGUCACCAGGCUUUGUAAUUUGCAAACAUUGGAUCUCAAUAAUUGCGAACUAAAAGUCAUUCCUAAUUCCAUCUCCAGUUUGAAAAUUUUAAGAUUUCUAAAUUUGUCAGGCAACCCCUUUGAAGAGUUUCCUCUUUCUAUCCUCACCCUUUCCAACUUGCAAACAUUAGACGUCAACGCCUGCAAAAAUUUAAGAGCCUUACCAGAAUAUGUGGCGGCUCUUGCUAAUUUGGAGAUAUUUCAUUUCAAAAACUGCCCAUUACUUACAGCAUUGCCAGAGGAUUUUGGAGCUUUGACUCAGUUAAGGUCCCUGGACUUAGAAGGUACUGGGAUCAAAGUGUUGCCUGAGUCUUGUGCCAGCCUCAACAAUAUUGUGUUUGUGCAUCUUUUUGAGUGUGAGCCUCCCAAACAUAUAAAAAACUGGACAAAACUUAGAAAGAUUCACUUUUACGGGAGAGGAUCGACAAUGUUGGGUGUAGGGAAACUAGCUUUUCUUCAAGAAUUGAAGUACUCAGUGCCAAAACAACUAGCAAAUGAACCUGAAUGUAACGUUAGUAUUCAAGAGUUAAGAAACCUGAACUUUCUUGAGGCGUUAGGUAUUGUGAAUCUUCAGAACGUGAAAAACCCAGUAGAUGCUGAGAGAGUGUUAAAUUUUGAUAUGUAG